UCUCUCUCUCUCUCUCUCUCUCUUCUUUCUCUGUCUAUCUCUACACGUUUCUCACCAUCUCCCUAACCCCAAUUCAAUCCACUCAACUCACAAAUUAAUCACUCUCUCUCUCUCUCUCUCUCUCUCUCUCUCUCUCUCAUUCAAUGCCAUUCAACCAGUCCCUCUGAAACCGAAGCGAAGCGAAGCGAAACGGAAACGCGCCUCUCCCCGCCUUCCUCCUCUUCCGUCGUUCGGAUUCCUCAUUCCCCGAUUGGCCGAUUUGUGAUUCGCGAUUUGCUGAAUGGCGGUUCCAGCGACGGUCGCCACCGCCGCCGCUCCGGCGUCGCUCUACGUCGGCGACCUCCACCCGGACGUCUCCGACGGCCUCCUCUUCGAGGCGUUCACCGAGUUCAAGAGCCUCACGUCCGUCCGCGUCUGCAGGGACUCGUCCUCUGGCAGGUCGCUCUGUUACGGAUACGUCAACUUCGUCUCCCCCGUCGAUGCAACACGUGCUAUUGAGACCAAGAACCACACUUUGCUGCAUGGGAAAGUUAUAAGGGUUGCCUGGUCAUGUCGCGAUCCCGAUGCAAGGAAAAAUGGAAAAGCAAAUGUAUUUGUAAAGAACUUGGCUGAUUCAGUUGACAAUGUUGGACUGAAAGAUAUGUUUAAGAAAUUUGGCGAUAUCUUGUCUUGCAAAGUAGCAAUGUCUGAUGAUGGGAAGAGUAGAGGGCAUGGCUUUGUGCAAUUUGAUAGUGAGGAAUCUGCAAAUGCUGCUAUAGAAAAUCUAAAUGGCUCGAAUGUCGAAGGCAAGAAGAUCUAUGUGGCAAAAUUUGUCAGGAAGAGUGAUCGUGGUCUGCUAACUGCUGAUGCAAAAUAUACAAAUCUGUAUGUGAAGAAUCUUGAUCCAGAGGUCACAGAAGAGGGUUUGCAGGAGAAAUUUUCUGAGUUUGGUAAAGUCACUAGUAUGGUCAUUGCAAAGAAUGAUGAUGGAACCUCAAGAGGUUUUGGCUUCGUGAAUUUUGAAAACCCAGACGAUGCCAAAAAAGCUACAGAGACUCUGGAUGGAACACAGCUUGGCUCGAAAGUUCUGUACGUAGCCAGGGCACAGAAAAGGUCUGAACGCAAUGAGAUACUACGUCGGCAGUUUGAGGAGAGACGCAAAGAACGAAUUCUCAAGUACAAGGAUUCAAAUAUCUAUAUCAAGAAUAUUGAUGAUGAUGUCACUGAUGAGCAACUUCGAGAACACUUCAGUCAGUGUGGCAUGAUUAUCUCUGCAAAAGUGAUGCGAGAUGACAAAGGAAUAAGCAAGGGCUUUGGGUUUGUUUGCUUCUCCACUCCAGAGGAGGCCAAUAAAGCUGUAAAUAGUUUUUAUGGUUGCAUGUUUCAUGGAAAGCCAUUAUAUUUGGCUAUUGCUCAAAGGAAAGAUGAAAGGCAAGCACAUCUGCAGAUUCAGUAUACGCAUCAAAUGCCUGGACUAGCAGGAGCUUCAACUGCUGUUAUUCCUGCUGGAUAUCCUCCUUUUUACUACACAGCUCCCUCAAGUCUUAUUUCUCAAGGACCUUCGCGCCCGGGUUUGAUGUAUCAGCCGAUAGGACUAAGGCCAGGCUGGAGGAGUCCUGGAUUUCCCCACCCAGCUAGACCAGGCUUUCAACCUUCUUCUUUUCCAGUUAUUCCGAGCACUCCAAGAGAGAACAGAAACAACAGAGGAAGGAUGAAUGGUGGCAUUGCUCAGUCUGCGCCACAUAUGCCACCCUUGCAGCAGUCGACUCAAUAUGUAGCCUCUGCAAAAGAUUCGAACAAUAAUCAGCGCGGAAGGAAUGCUAGAUAUGUACCAAAUGGUCACUCUCGCGAGACAAAUAAUGGAGCAGGGGUCACCUCUUCUGUUCCUGAUUCUGCUGGAUCGGGUCAACAAGGAACCGAAAUGCUAAGCAGCAUGCUUUCUGCUGCAUCCCCUGAGCAGCAGAAACAGAUACUCGGGGAACGUCUGUACCCACUAGUUCAGAAACACAAGCCUGAUCUUGUCGCGAAAAUUACUGGGAUGCUUUUGGAGAUGGACAACUCAGAGCUGCUUCUGCUUCUGGAAUCUCCCGAGUCGCUCACUGCCAAAGUGGAAGAAGCUGUAGAUGUUCUGAAGCUCUCAAAAACCAAAUCCUCCAGCCAGGACUCCUUACAUCCCAGCUUUCUGUCCGCCCAAGUUGCAGUCAGUUGAGAUAAGGUGAGAUCGGUUAGGACCCGUCCUGUUUUUUCAAGUAUAGAGGGUAAUGGCGCGAGUAAAGCUCCGGAAGAGCGGCGGAAUUUUGAUAUAAUACACUAAAUUUACCAAUUAGGCUUAUUUACAACUUAGGGUGUAGCAUUUGGAUUUUCUGUUUGUAUCUCCGUGAUUCGGAAGGAUUGGUUUGAGAUAUUUUCAUAUUUAGUCUUUCUACUAGGCGUUUGUUUAGACAUAUUAUGAAAGUUCGUUUGAUUCGAAAUAAAUAUUUAUUAGUA